AUGAAGGCAAUUGCAUUCAGGCUAAAGCAAAUAAGCAAAAUUAUAAAUAAUAAUAGUUUCAGGAACAUUUCUUGUACCUCUCACAAAUACUUUCCUAACCAGUCAUUUGUAGCAGAACCUGAUAGAUUUAAUGGUGUCACUAUAGAUAGUAAAAAGAUUCAAUGUCAUGAGGGAGCCUUUUCAGAAAAGUUAGAGGAAUCCCUAAAGUCUUGGAUGGCAGAAAGAAAAAGGUGUAUAUGGUUUAAAGUACAUAUAGAUGAUUCGGCUUAUGUACCAAUAUUAGCACAAAAAGGUUUUAAUUUUCAUCAUGCUAGAGAUGAUUUUGUGAUGAUGUACAAAUGGCUGCCACUUGACUCUGCACCAAAUUUGCCACCAGCUUGCCACACAAAUUUGGGAAUCGGAGCUUUAGUUCUGAAUGGGAAAAAUCAGUUAUUAGCGGUUUCUGAAAAACAUUAUGACUAUCCGCAUUGGAAGCUUCCUGGUGGAUAUGUUGAAAGAGGUGAAGACAUAGUUGAAGCUGCUAAAAGAGAAGUCAGAGAAGAAACAGGAGUUGACUCAGAUUUUAUAUCUUUGAUAACAUUUAGACAUUCGCACAACAUGAUCUUUGGCAAUUCAGAUAUCUAUGUACUGCUCAUGAUGAAAGCUUUAUCUGAAAAUAUAACCUUAUCUCAUAGAGAAGUAAAGGAUUGCAAAUGGAUGUAUAUUGAGGAAUACACCAAUCAUCCACACGUUCACUAUUUUAAUAAAUUUAUUAUAAAUCAAGCUCUACAAUGUAAAAAUAAUAAUUUAAAAUUAGAUAUACAGAAAAAGACCGUGAAAUGGGCAAAGAUCACGAGAGAAAUAAACUAUUUAUUAGUAACGAAUUAUGUAUCAGAA